UGAAGAAGAGAUCCACCUGCGGUUCUUCCCUAUUCUCCCUAAUAUAGCCUAUGUUAAGACCUGCCUUAACUCUAGACCCUACUAUUCUUAACAACCCAAGGACCUGCCCCCAGAUUUAAUUAAAAAUAGAGCAUUAAGUUCUUUGGAAAACAUCACUUAACAACUAUGCAGUAGACUAUAUCUAUUUAACAUAGCCAGCUUGAAAACUCCGAUUAAUAAAAAUUGGGUGGGAGCCAAUUAUGUAUUAACCAGAAUCUGAUGGGCGAAGGACUUGGAGAUCAUCCAGAAGUUCUUGAUUUGUUUAGGGAGAGCACCCCUUUUUCUCAUUUUUUGGAUGUUGAGUGUAUUCCUCCUCCUAUGUUCCUAUGGCAACUCAUUGCGAGGGAAGCCAAAAUAAAGAGGAAAGAAGAGAUGUGGUUCGUUUUCAAAGGAGUUCCUGUCAGGUACUCCUUGAGGGAGUUUUCACUCAUUAGCGGCCUCAACUGCUCUCACCUUAACGCCAGCUUUGAAAAUUCUAAGGAAUUAACCUCUGCAAAGAAUGAUUUCAUUCGUGCUCACUUUCCUUCAGCAAAGAAGGGAAAGAAAUCUGCUGCAGUCACAUACAAGAUGGUUGUGCAGCGUUUCUUGGAAAUUUGUAAAGGACUGGACAUGGAAAAGAAGAAAGAAGGCCAGGAGAUGGUUGCUGUGAAAAUGGCAGCACUUUUGUUUGUGGUUGUUGUUCUCUUGGGUCCUGCUGAUCGAGACAAGUCUGCAAUUCCAGAAUGGAUUCUGGGCAUGAUUGCACAGUGGACAGCAGUUCUAGGUUUCCCAUGGGGAACCUGGGAAUUUAUGGAGUCCUUGGGGUCACUGAGGAAAGACCUAGCUGCUAAGGCCAAAUCAAUUGGAAGAGGGGCCUCAUCAACCAUGUACUAUACUGGUUUCUUGCUUCCCAUUGGGAUCCUUUUUCUGGAGAGUUGCUUGGGGACUGGAGCAAAUAUUACAACAAGAAGCCCACAGACAUCCCCAGCUAGGCCAAGAAUCUGCCUUUGGGGUGAGAUUCCAAUAAAGAAGAAAAUCACCCACACAGAAAUGGAUGCUUACGUUGGGGACGUGCAGUUUGAGGCAACUGCAGAGUGGUAUUUGAACUUCCAUCCUCUAGAGACCACAAAACACCCCGAGUUGGAUGCAUUUGUGGCAAAAUUAGAGUGUAGAGGGGAAGUCCACAUUCCGGUGGAGAGGAAGAGAAAAGCCCGGAAUGUCCCUUCACCAACAAGAGAUAAUUCUGAAGAGCGUAAUGAGCACAUCUCCUCUCCCCAAGAAUCUCAGAGGAGUCAGAGCCUUAGGGAAUCUCCUUCUAGAGUCUCCCAUUCCAACAUCCCAAAUCCAUCGUCUCCUAACCCUCACCCCGCCAAGCCUUCAUCCAAUACCUUUCAAGAACUCUUUGAUCGAAUGUCAAAGAAAAUUGAUAACAUUGCAGAAGAACAAAGAAAGAGGUUUGAAGUGCUUGAAAAAAAAGUUGAUGCUUUGUCAACUUUAAUAAAUCAAAAGAUUGUGAAUAAGGUGCCAGAGACGACAAUCAUGGGUGAUUGUGAGGAGACUGAGGCACGAAAUCCUUCCCCUGACCAUAAGGUUUCUCCAAGACUUGGUAUUCUCCAAAUUAUUGGGGAAAUUAAACAAGAGCACGAGAAUCAACCUUCAACUCUUUCUGAUUCUGUUCUUAGUUUAGAGAACAGAAAGGCUGAGUCUACCCACGAGACAAUGGGAACAGAAGAUGCUACCUCAAUGAAGCCACUGCAGGAAAUGGUUGAGUCUUGCCAUGAGGUAAUGGAAACAGACGAUGCUGCUGCUUCUAUGAAACCUCUACAGCCUGAGUCUACCCACGAGACAAUGGGAAUAGAAGAUGCUACCUCAAUGAAGCCUCUGCAGGAAAUGGUUGUUUCUCCCCCGAAGGAAUUGGGAGAAGAGGCUGAAAUCACUGAUGGCAUUGUGUAUGGAAAGAGAGUGAAAAAGAAGUCAGCCAGUUUGAAGUCUCCUUAUACAGCGGACGGGAGGAAGAAAAAGAAAGCCGAUGAGCUCUUAUCUAAGCCGCCAACUAAAGCAGAUCUUUUGGAAUUUAAGAGCUUCAUCGUAAAAGCAAUUAAAGAUGACCGCCCUGUACAAUGCUACCUCGCCCAGUACAAGGAGAUUCAAGAUUUUGUGAAAAUGUUCUGGACUGACCUUAUCACUCCAGGUUUUUGGGUAGCGGAUACUAAUCUGAGUGAGUACCUUUACGUCCUGAGAAGACGUUUAUGCAAUGACGAUGGAGACUCAUGCAUUGCGCCUUUUGAAUUCAACAAUUACGUGAACUCUUAUGCGCAUGACCCAGAAUGGCCUGUUUUGUCUGGAUCCCUUGAAAAGAUUGUGGAUGGUACAUACAGCGAGGGGCCGGAAGCAUUUAAAACCAAAGCCUGGAAAAAGAACACUAAGUACGUAUAUUAUUUGAAAGGCACGAGUUCACAUUGGUUCUGUAUCAAGGCUGACUUUGAGAGGUGCCGCCUCGUCGUGCUUGACUCCCUUAAGAGGAUAACUUCGAUUGAGACGAUGGCUAGUUUGCUGAUAGAUGAUCUUAGAGGGUUUAAAGGCAUUGCUGGAAUUAGAGAAAUCGGCAAGCACGGAUAUGCCGAUUGGGAAAGCGAAUACUGCACAGUACCCCAACAGAUUGAUUGUGACUACGGCAUCUUCGCGGUAAAAAUUGGAGUGGAGUGGAGAAUGGUUGAUUCUGUGUUGUUUCCUUGUGGAAAACACGAGAUAAUGCAGAAGAUGCCGUGGAGCAUCUUCUACAGUAAUGGAUAAAACGGAUAAUGGUAUACGAGAUAACCAUUAUGACCGUUUUGCCUUAUCGAGAUAACCAUUAGGACCGUUUUACAAAAUUGAGUAAAACCAUUACGAAAGAGAGGUGAGAAGUUUUGAUGAUUGUAAAGAAAUAGGCUUGUAAAAU